CUUUAAACAAUAUUAAGAGGGGUAUUUGAGUGUAUAAGCACCAGGUUCCAUUUAAUAUUGGGAGUUUGCAUGGAAGAGAUUGAAUAAAUUUACGCUGAGAGAAUCUAUUGGAUAAACAGACAACCACGUGUGUAUUGGUAGCAUUAGACGGUGUACACAACAAUACGUGAAUAACUCAAUGAGCUAUCGUUAUCGGGAGUGUGCGCGUACAUAUAUUGACUGUGUGUACACAUCUACAUUUUCAAAAGUUUAAAUCACGUAACGAGAGACUAUCGCGAACGGAGAACGAGAUUCCUGUAUUUAUCGUGCAGUGGUUGUCGCUAUAGCUGGCGAUUUACUUCCUCGGAAAAAAAUCGGUUUUUCUCUCUCUCUCUCGCUAUCUAACGGACAGAAACACAUGUAAUUGAUUCAAACGCUGGUUUCACCAAUAGAGACCGGGCGUGUAUAUUAACCGUGUCGAAGGGGGAAAAUGUCAGAGGAUAUCAAAAACAUGUCUGAAGAUCAGGAGCCAGAGAGUUACGACGUAUUACUGAGGAAUGGCGUGAAACCGAACGAUCUCUACAAUAACGGGAAACCAACAAAAAUGGACUGUCCAAACUUUAGGUUGGAACUACUACAGAGUGAAUAUCUAAGACUUAGGAGAUAUUUGUAUGGAUUAACAGCGGUUGUAGUGACAGGGAUUUUGAUACUGAUAAUUGUGGUAGCUGUCCUUUUUGGUAAAUUAAGUCAUGACUUGAUUAAUCAUGAACACAAACCCAAGGUAGGGGAACAGAUUUCGGCCAUGCUGAAGAACAAUGAACUUUGUGUACCCUGUAUGAACAUUAGGUCGGGACCAAGUGCGGAAGAGAAUGAAAUUCUGGACAAAUUCGCCAGGAAGUUCGAAGAAAAUGUGGAAAUGUGUUGUGUAGAAACUCCAUCAGAAUUACUGCUGAUGUUGGAAUUGUUCAUAGAAAAACGAUACAGAGAAGAAUCGGCUAAAGGUAACAUCCCAGUGACAGGGGAGCUGGUUUCCGUGGGAACGCAUCAGACGGCGGCCCAUCUUCUCGGCUCAUUGGAGCACCUGGAGGAUAACCAUGAAAAAGGCACCCGUUUUUCAGUCCCACACUGGAUUUACGACAGAGACAUCGCCUUCAUCAGCAACAUGAAAUACCAGCACGGAAGACUGGUGGUGCCCUCUGACGGCUACUAUUACGUCUACAGCCAGGUGUCGUUCUUAGAACUGUAUUCCGGAAGUAGCGGAGGCACACGGGCCGAUUCCGUCUCCCACUUCCUGUGUCGCUAUAAUAUCAUCUACCCCAACGGAGGGGAGGAAACUCUGGCACAGAACACGGUCAGCAAAUCCUCGAACAAUCAGGUGGUGGGGGAGUACAGCAGCCACUUGGGGGCGCUGUUCAAACUACGGAAAGAUGACGAGGUGUACGUGAAAGUUUCGGAUUUGUCGCUCAUGGUUCGUGACGUCAGGAAGAACUACUUCGGGAUCUUUAGACUGUCAAAUAUCACACAGAAAGAGUGAGGGAUGUGGAUUCCAUAUUGAAUAAUCCUUUGUCAUUGAUUCAUCAAACCGUCACUUUUUUAAUUAAACGUAAAAUGAGUGUCUUUGUUAAAGUUAGAAAAGCUGAGACAAAAUUCCAUCUCAUCAAUUAAACAGAUUUCGUUUAAGGAAUAAGUUCAUUACAUUAUAAGAAAAAAUAGAAUAUGUGUAUAUGUAAUUUCAUUUGUAGCAAACAUUAGUGGGAGAUGGUUUAAUAUGAGUGCAGUUUAAAAACAUGUAUAAGUUACUGUAAUGUAUUCUAAUGUGUGUAUGUGUGUGUGUGUGUGUGUGAGAGAGAGAGAGAGAGAGAGAGAGAGAGAGAGAGAGAGAGAGAGAGAGAGAGAGAGAGAGAGAGAGAGAGAGAGAGAAAUGAUAGUGUUUCAUAUUCUACUAAGAUUUUGGGGAUAUUUUGAUUGCUAUUUGAAUUUGAGAGAGAGAUCUAGAGUUGCUUACAUGUACCAUGAACAGCUAUAGACGGUGUGUAUUUGUGUACAAUAUUCAGAGAGAAUUUGCUUUGAAACUCAUUUUCUUUUUGCUACCAAUAUGUUCUCGGUGAUUAUUAGUCAGUUGUGUAAUCAUAAUUGAUCAUGAUUAUGAUUGAUUAAGAUCAUGAUUAUGAUCACGGUUAUGAUCAUUAAUCACUAUAAUAUGUUAACUGGUCUUUGGUUCUUAACUGCCAAUUUAUUGUGUAUUUGCUAACUUGCAACUACUGAUAGAAUAUAUUAAUCAGUUGUAUGAUUAUUAUUUUUUCCAUAUAUUUCUCUUACUUUUACUGGAAACUAACCAACAGAAAAUAGGUAUAUUGAUAAGUAAUUGGGUUUUUGUUCCUUAAUUUGGAUUGAUUUUAUAUGAUAAGGUACAUGUAAUUAUCCUCUCUAUGCUACUGGCGUGUUAUUCCGUAGAUACUUUGUUUAUUUUAGUAGAAUUUUCUUGGUUUUUUUUCUGUUUUGUUCCUGACUUGAAAAGUCAGUUUUUUCUGUUUGACUUUUUUCUUUUUCUUUUAUAGGAUAUAUAUGUAUACCUGUAUUUUUGUAAUGAAACUGACAGUGUCAUACAAAUAAAACCAAUUAUGAACGUGGGA